AUGAGGGGAACGGGUGGGGGUGAAAGCCCUGAAGUUGGAGAUGUGGUGCCGAGUGCCAUCUAUGCCCAGUGCCUCCGAAGUUGUGGUACUGUUACUGCCAUUGGAAAUACGUCUGUCUCAACGUCUUUAAUUACUCAGAGACGCUCAGACCAGAGGGAGAGGGCUCCAUCACAGAGGCCUGCCACCCCCCGCAGUGGUGGCAGUUACCCCACAGCACCAGGGAUUUCCAGCAAUGGUGCAAGAACUCCCAGUGGCUUUAGAGGAGUGAGCACCUCCCAUGUUUUCCAUGAUGGGCCUGUCUCCUUGAAUGGCUUCAAUGGUGCUUCUAGCACUUCUAUCACUUCUAGAAGUGCAGUUAGAAGUACCGCUAAUAGUGGCGCAGGGCCUUCAAGCAGCAGAGGCUUCAGUAGUGGCGCUGGGCCUUCAGGCAGGGGCUUCAGUAGUGGCGCUGGAACUUCAAGCAAUGGUUUCAGUAGUAGCGCUGCAUCUUCCAGCAGUGGCUUCAGUAGUGGCGCUGGUCCUUCAAGUGGUGGUUUCAGUAACUUCAAUGGUGCCUCCACUGGUGGCGCUGGACCCUCCAGUGCGUUCAAUGGUGAAGCUGGGUCAUUCAUUGAUGGCCCUGACUUGUCAAAUGGCAGUUUCCCUCCUGUGACCCAUACUCUCAAGGGCAGUCGAAGUCACUCACUGCUUCGCACACCUGGCUUCAGCCCAGCCAGAAAAAAGUUGAACUACUCUGCCCCACCUGAACCUCCCUCAUGGUAA